AGUGGGUGCGUUACGCAGCCGCGCGGUGAGCACAGAGCUAACUAUUCUUUCGCCUUUUACUAAAGAAUACCGUGUGCUCGCCGCUGAAAGCGGCAUACGCCAAUUUUUAGAGGGCUUUUUCCGUCAUCAGGAGAUGUCCAACCAAUUUUAAUUCCUAAAGAAUUCAUGCGAUGUAUUUGUCAAGACAUCUUUUCUGUUCUGAGUCCUAAGAACUAUCAACGAAUUACAGGCCUACGGAUUCCUGUUUUUGUGUUUUCACUUGUUCUUCUACAAUUUUUAGAGGGCUUUUUCCGUCAUCAGGAGAUGCCCAACCAAUUUUAAUUCCUGAAGAAUUCAUGCGAUGUAUUUGUCAAGACAUCUUUUCUGUUCUGAGUCCUAAGAACUAUCAACGAAUUACAGGCCUACGGAUUCCUGUUUUUGUGUUUUCACUUGUUCUUCUACUCGCUGCCUUCUUAAUUCUUAAAUCUAACCAACCGUGGGAAAUUAGUUGGCACUGUAAGAACUGUUUGGAUGGUUAGUACAUCGUCUUCUUUUUAGGACCUAACUACUGUGAGAAUUUAGUGCCUUGUAAAUGGUGGUCUGGUCAAGAGCUUCGUCUUGUUUGUGUUCUAGGCUUCCAGCGUUGGGAAGGUAAAAGGCUACUCGUUCGCUUUCCAAUUUAAAAGGGCGAAGCAGAUGUACGGAAAAAAAGAUCAUUAGAGCUACGAAUUUUUGACUGCCAAGUGUUCGAUGAUUCGUUUCUUAGCCUUACAUUUGAGAACUUGGGUAUUUCAAUUUGUUCAAUAUCUGAUGCACCAUUCAUUGGUUUUCCAAAUUCAGCAGCUAGAAUUGUGAUUCAAUCCAACAACGUAGAAAAUACAGUUGAAUGGCGGUAAUGUUCUUAAGAAGAAGCUGUACAUUAUCAGGGAAUUUUACUGCUCUUUCGAGGGGGUGUACGUUCUGCUCGUGGGCGUCCAGGGUUCUAGAUAAUGAGUGUGGUGAUAAGCAAUCAAUGUCAAAUGACAACCGUGGAAAUAGUCUCGCCGUUGGUUCUCCAACUUAUUUGAGCCAGGUUCAUCAUCUCUCUUCCUUGCUUUCCUCUGAUAGAGUUCAACUGGAGGAUGUUAAAAUCGACCUUGUAGACAUUGAAAGUUGGCAGGUUUCUUCUGGAUUAUCUCAAGCAUGGAGAGGAACGUAUGAAACAACAGCAACACAAUCGUCCUCGACAGAAAAUCUAGAUGGGCUGCUGCAUGUCUCCCAUGUAGUUGAGGAUGAGGGCCAUGAGGCCGAUUUUGAUGAGAUUGAGGACAUGAGAAUUAGGGGCAACCUCUUUUAUAAACUGGAUAGGGAUUCUAAGGAGUUUGAAGAGUACAAUAUCAGCUGGCGGAAGAAGUCCUCAAAGAAGAGUGGGGAGAAGAAUAGAAAAGAGAAGCCAAGCAAAAACAAGGAGAACCCAAAUUGUAGGUCGGCCUCUGGUGUUGAAAAACUUCCAGAGCUUGUGAAGAACAAACCAAGUGCUCCUCCUCUCGAGGCAAUAGAAGGUUCUUGUACUGCUAAGAAGGUAAGGACUCCGACAUUUAAUCAACUCACUGGCCCUUACCAUGAGCCAUUUUGCUUGGACGUUUACAUAUCAAAGAGCUCUGUUCGUGCCUGUAUUGUGCACCGGGUGACUAGCAAGGUUGUUGCAGUGGCACACUCAAUUUCCAAGGACAUGAAAUUUGACUUGGUGUCAACCAAAGAUUCUACGGCUUGUUCUACUGUAGGAAAAAUUCUUGCUCAAAGGGCGUUAGCUGAUGAUAUCCAUGAUGUUGUUUACACACCAAGAAAAGGGGAGAAAUUGGAGGGGAAGCUUCACAUUGUUCUUAAGUCUAUUAUUGAUCAUGGCAUCAAUGUGAAGGUGAAGAUUAAGCAGAAAGGAGCUAAGAAAGUAGGCCAAUCCUCAAAUGGUUCCAUUCGAUUUUGAUGUGAUCCAAUUGCUCUGGAUUUCUCUCUAUUUCAACUGUGUUAUAUGGCAUUGCUAUUAUCUGUUCGAUGAUCGUGGAGUGAUCUCUUCCUUAUCCAGAAUUUAAAGAUGGCAAUAGAGAAGAUCUUGGGGACAGACUUGGUCUACUGUAGGAUUAGUUUCUGGGAGCAAUUGAUUUGUUAUGUUGCUUUCAUUGUUUGAAUGUAUGUUCGUUUUUUGUGGGGUGAAAUCUCUGUCUAUGCAUUAUAAUCUUUUUCUUUAAUGAAAUUUUACUUAAUAGCAUGAUUUGGUCAUGCGAUUCUCCAUUUUAAUUCCCAGUUUGCAUGGUUCUUUUGCAGAAUGACCACUAUACUUGUAUCUCUGGAACAAAUUUAACUUCUUUGUAAAUGAGAUAAUACGGUGUUUCUUGUGUAUACUCA